AUGCUCCUGGGGCUGGCAUGGUACUUUUAUUUUCCUGUAAGAUAGAAUUUUAUAUUUUUUCUUUCUGGAGAGUAAUCUCCUCCACAUCACAAUACUAUAACUAUCUACGUUAUAAGUCAAAACUUAACAUUAGGCUUAAACCGGAGUAGUUUUACGGUUUUCGAAAGAUGUACGGGAAUCAUGGCAAAGAUGUACUUGCACAGGCCAGACGGAUACGCCUGGCAUAUAUAUCUCGCGACAUAUAUCGCGCACGCAAAUCAUGGAAGAGAUGCACUCUUGGGGCGAUUUGUGAGGGGUUUGCGGAUUUCCAUACUUUUGAGAUGUACGGAAAUCAUGGGAAGGAUGUACGUGCUAGAAGUAUACUUCUCACGCCGUAGAAAUGCAGGGCCUUCGAGCACGCCUCCCCCGUGAUCCUGCUGCUGAUAAAUAUCCCCUUUCGGCAGUACCUGCCGCCAGUGUUAUCUUUAUGCUGAUGCAAAACGUAGCAGCUUCUAGCACGUAACUGCUUUACUUAUGCCACAGCCCAUUGCUGUUGCUCUUCACAUAACUCGUAGCACGCUGGUAGGCCGUAUCUAUAUCUAUAACGUAACCCGUAGCACUUGUAAAUGUAAGACCUCUCCGCCCUGCUCCGGCGUGUGUACCUACACGCCCGGGGCGCGUGGGCUCCCCCGCAAACGGUCGGACCUUUCAAGCGGGUCAAAAAGCGGACAGCAAUCGCAUAAAGCUGCGCCAUUUGGAUAGGAGUUCUGAGCCAGCUCCUCAAAUGGUAGGACCUUCCAAGCAGGUCAAAAGCCGGCAGCGGCGUCCGUCAGCUUCAUAAAGCUGCGCCCUUUGGGUGUGAGGUCUGAGCCAGCUCAAAGGUAAGGGCGGGGCCUUUCAACCAGGUCAAAAAGAGAAAGCAACGCCAUGAGGCGAGGCUAGCACGCUGCUCCAUUUGGAUAGGCAGCCGGAGUCAGUUCAAGGGGCAAGGCUUUGCAGCUGUAUCAAACAAAACGAGGCAGCCGCAGCUGCCGCGCCACAACAAAACGGCAACUGUAUGAUCUUAAGUAGAAAAGUGCUCGACUCUCUGCAAAUAUCUUAGGCCAUGUGCUUUAUUUGAUUCACCUGAUCGAUUUCGUACAUCACAAUUACUGCCAUUCGUUUCGAGGUGCUGCCAGUGUUUAUAUGAUGUAGGACAACGUGUCAGCCUGUGCCACGUACUUAAUUGCUUCACUUUCACCGAAGCCGUUUAUCGUUACUCUUCACAUAAUUCGUAGGGAGUACACCGGUAGGCUGUAGCCUAGCUCGUAACAUUUGCGGGACCCUUCGUUCCGCCCUGCCCCGGUGUGUGUAUACGCAAGGGGCACGUUGGCGGUGCUCUUUUUGGGGUUGGUUUAUCUAUUCCUAUUCUGCGUUUUUGGGGUUGGUAUAUCUACUCUUAUUCUGCGUUUUUGGGGUUGGUUUAUCUAUUCUUAUUCUCCGUUCUACAUCCACUUACUUUCCACAUGAUGAAACUGAGCUUGUUGAGCAUCGAGGAGGACGCUUUUUUGUAAGUACCUGGAAAUGUGCUAGUGCUUUGCGACAUCGAAUAUAUAAUUAAAUAGAGGUUGAUUUUAGUGUUUAACCCUUAUCAGCCUCACAUGAUAGAAGAAAUACAAGUUGGAAUAUGUGUCUCGUUCUCUGUUGAAGAACAAAAACAACACCGCCAGGGACAGCAGGAGUUUCAGCAGAGGGAUAAUACCGGACAACAGGGACACGGCGGACAGCAGGGGUAUGGCGGACAGCAGUGGUAUGGCGGACAGCCACAGCAGGAGUAUGGCGGACAGCCACAGCAGGAGUAUGGCGGACAGCCACAGCAGGAGUAUGGCGGACAGCAGGGGUAUGGCGGGCAGCAGGGGUAUGGCGGACAGCAGGGGUAUGGCGGACAGCAGGGGUAUGACGGACAGCAGGGCUUUAGUGGACCGCCGGCGGGGGCACAUGGGUAUGGUUUAGCUGGGCAGGGACGCGGAUUCUUCGACAUGCACCAGCAGACUCCGCAGACCAACGAGGCCUUUCUUGAUCAGGAAACUGCGCAAGAACGCCAAAAACGCGUCGGGCGUGAGGACCUCGAGAGGCGUAUCGCUUCUGCAAAAAGAAAGAGCGCGCCGCGUCCUCCUGAUGUUGGGGCCGCCCGCGUACAUUCCCCUGACGUUGGGCGCGCUAUGGACGAGGAAACUAAGUUUCUGCGCCGCGACAUACAGGCUUUAGAGGACAAGGAGCAGAGAGCCAUCCAUCAGUUCAAAACUCAACCCAUGGACGCGGACGCUUACGAAUCUUACCGCAUGAGCGACGAAGUCGCACAGAUUACCUUGGAACAAGCAAAGCUGGCCAAUAACGUCGAUGAGGUGCUCGAGCUGAUGCGCAAGGGUAUCAUUAACGAGGAGGUGACGGUUGUGGAGGCUUACGGUGUCAUGAAGCAGGCCCUGCAGUUGGUAGCAACGUCCUCCGAAUGGUUUGACGCGCAUGCAGAUUUGCUGAACAAAGUUGAUAAACACUAUUCAGAGUACGGAAAGAAUACCAGCGGAGACGCAACAGCACUGCAGGGACGUAAAUGGCUAGCCAAAGCGAAAGAAUUGUAUCUCCCACUAUUCUACUCUCAUCUUGCAAGUUGACAGUACAACUUCUUCUACUUCUAGGGGAUAUUCUUUCAUGUUUUUUCAUUUUUAAUUCUUCCAGAACUUUAUUGAUAACGAACUUGCUGAUGAACAUGAAGAUGUUGAUGCUGCAAGUAGCACAGAAGUAGUUACAAUGUUUUUGUUCGGCAUAUUUGUGCUCAUUGGUCUCGCUCCCGCCCAGGUGUGUCGUUCUCGUUGGAUUUUCGACAAGACACAACCAACGCGCGUCCCGGGUUUUCUCGUCUUACAAAAUAGCUAGUCGCUAGAUAUCGCGAAAGCUUUGGGGCUUCUUUGCCAUGCUCUAGCCGCUCACGUUUUUGCUCCACCUUGCUGUUCCCCCGUCUUUGUUUGCCUUCGCCGUCCGUACCUCCACCUCCUUGCGUCCACCUCCCUGCCCCCACCUUCCUGCCCCCACCUCCCUGCCCACACCUCCCUGCCCACACCUCCCUGCCCACACCUCCCUCACCUCCCUGUCCCUCUUUCCUUGACUCCAGUCCAUCUCCUUGCCCGCACCUCUUUGACCUCACAUCCCUGACUCCACAUCCUUGACUCCACGGCCUUCACUCCACAUCCUUGCCUUCGCAUCCUUGACUCCACCUCCUUGCCCUUAUUUUUUUGCCUCCACUACGUUUUUGACGUUUUCUAAUUAGAAUUAAAUGCAUUCUAGUUAAAAUUGCACAUAUUCUAGCUAAAGUUGAACUACACUUGCUAGUUAAAAUGCGACAUACUUUCGUUAAGCUUCGACGCUUGCCAGUUAAAGUCCGACAAUCUCUAGUUAAAAUUAACCGCUUUCUAGUUAAAACGCGACGCAUUCUAGUGAAAGUUAGACAUAUUCUAGCUAAAGUUGUACACUUUCUAGCUACUUUUGAGCAUUUUCUAGUUAAAGUUAAACACUUUCUAGUUAUGAGUUGACAUUUUCUAGUUAUAUUUAUACUUUCGCUUUGUGUUUUUGAUAUCAUGAUGCAAUUAUUGCUUAAAAAUAAUUUUCAGGUGGACAACGCUGAUUGACGCUAUUCGUAGCACACACAUGGAGCAGAGUUGCCAGAGUUCGCUUGAAAAGAACAUGCAGCUUUUGCGCUUUGUUGUUACAGAGAAAAUGGCGGGUAAAAAAGCGCAGAAUGAGAAUGAACCGUUUAGACAGGACAUAAAGGAAGCCCGCAGUGGGAUCUGGCGCGUGAUUGAUGCACUUCGUCGUGGACGAGGGUAUGCAGAGAAGGACCCUACAGUUAAGGACUAUUCUUAUUGUUCAAGUAAUAUCUCUAUCUUCCUUAUUCCUAUUCGUCCAUGUCCUUGCAGCUUACUUAGAUGAUUAUGUUGAAUCAUGACAGAGGGAUUGGCAUCCACACGUGUGAUCCUCGUGAUGUAGCAGUUGUUAUAUCCUCUGUUUUUAAUGCUUUCCUAUUCCUUGCACCAUAAAAUCGAUGCAGAAGUGCUGUAAUGUUCGUCGUCUUGUUCUUUUAUUCUGCAGCUCAGGGAAGAUUUUUUUUUUUUUCACUGAAGACGUCCGCCAGACAGGCUCGGCUGUCGAAGGUUAUUCUUAGCCAUUGCUCUUCUUCUAACAUACGCUAUCGCAACAAGGCAGAGCACCUCCAAGCUGCGGCCGCCGAGGCACAUCUGUCAUUUGAGGUCGAGCAUAAACUGCGAAGACUGGACGCAUUUUUGCGGGCCGCCAAACCUGACACGACGCAGGGGGAUCUGCUGAGCGUGUACCGAGAGGUUGAGGACGUCCUGAAGUAUGGGAGCGUUCAACACCAGAACAACACGUUGUUACGACCGAAAGUGCUAUACCAGAUGACUCGUACUUAUCCAGUACCAUUUAUAUCAAACUUGCGGGAGGAGGAGUUGAUCACGCAUCAUAAGUAAUUUUCAUAUUUGUAAGAUAUAGUAUUUCUUUUUUUUGUACUUUUUUCUUGUCUCAAAGCUGAAUUGGCAGGUCAGAUUGGAGACAUAUGUUGACAUGGCAUGUACUUUUUUCUUGUCCUUUGACUUUCCUUUGUGGUCGUCUCUCUUGGAACUCAAGUCGUCCAAUAUGUCAUAGUAAGUACAACUCGAGUUUUUAUGUUUGAACAAGAUGAGACUACUUGAAUGAACUACGAGGACAUCAUAAUAAUACAUGACCAAGUGGGCCUAUGCAUUGGACGAAUUCGACCUUGAUUAUUUUUCCACUGCAACUUGAUCUUGAACACAUCGAGGAUACUGCCUGUCAUUUGAAGAUUAAUAAUUAUCAACGAUGGCAGAUCGCAUCGACACGACACAGUUGCGGAACACUGAUUAGGGUGAAUGACCAUGACCAUGACAUCUCUAAGAUCGCGGCUCAUGCCGGCGCGUAAGCAUCGGCCGGAUGGGGCUAAUGAGACUAUGAUGGCGGGCCAGGAUAAGUUUGAGAGGGCGUACCUGGCCGCGAACAGGGACUACCAUCGCGAUGACUCGGACCGACUCGGCUCCCUGUACCCAGGCGUGAGUGGUGACGGGCGGUCCCCGCUACGCCGCGAAAGGGUGGCGCAGUACACAGCGACAGGAGAUCUAGCUGGUGAAAGCAUGAGCAGCAUGGCACGUGCACGGGAGAAGGCGCGCAUCAUCCGCGAGCCGAAUCAGCCGGUGAAGAUUCUGGCGAAGACGAAAGGGUCGCAAAUGCGAGAUAUGUCCGCUUCCCCACAAGACGUUCUGGAUGCGGGCACGGUUAUGGGGCGAGACCAGGCGGCAGCGUACCAGCGGAACUACCUCAGGCCAGGUGUUGACCCGCAAAUGACGACGGACGGCAACCGAUACGCCGAUCUCUUCGACUACGAGCGAAAUACUGUUGCGGAACGCCAUGCAGCCUUGCGACCGUUGCAGGAGUUAGAGGGAAUGAAACACGACGUGCUGCCAGAGAAUGCGGAUCUCGUGAAGAUACUUACCGCACUCACACAGUACGAAAUGGGGAAACUGGAGGAGCGUCUCUUACCCCCUGAAGUUCUGCAGCAUGCCGGCUUCCGCCUUGAGACUGCGGCACUCAAACGCGAUCUGGUACGAGGCUUGAUCGAACACAAGGCAAAUGACGAUGCCCAGCUAGAACUAGAAGCCGGACUGGUUGAGCAGAUAAAUCGGGAGCGGGAAAGGUAAUAAUUAAAUAUAUACUAUAGCACGCAUGGCGCAUGUUAUACAGAGCAGUUUAUAGCAGGCGUGGCGCAUGGAGUGCAUGGAGCGCAGUUCCAUAAGGGACGCAAGAAGCCCAUGCAGCUGCAUGCGAUUCAUGCACUCGAUGCCAUGCGAGCUGCCAAAUCUUCGAAAUUGUUCCGUUAAAUAUAUUCAUAGUAUUUUUAAAAUGCUUGGCACAUCAUUACAUCUUUUAAGGUUAGUUCAUGAUUGGCAUUUUUCUACUUAUGCGUCCCGUGUGUUUGUUGAGAUCUGUUCUAUCUUUUCUUUAUCCUUCCGCGUUGGUGAGUCGCGUGUGUAGUGCUAUCAUUAUAUAUGUUUUUGCUUCUCCUACAUACUCCUUGUUCGUCUUUCUUGUUAAUGAUCUAAACUUGUUGCACUGCUCCAUGCGCAAGCGCAUACGAAAGGUGCGUAUGUCGAAGCGGCUCCUAAUGCUGUGUUGCGUCAAAAUGGUGUUCAGUACCACAACUUUUGCCUUCAAGAAGUAGUCUACGUCUCAUGUUCAAUCGACAUCUUAUCAUGAUCCAGCUGCGAGUCUUCACAGGCGUUUUUUCAAGAUUAAGAUCCUUCAUGUCGUAUGCUGUCACACUCGCCAGUACUUUAAGAGCAUUCACUUUUCGAUUCUUUUCAGACUUCGAAGACGAUUUGAGGAUUUGACGUACAAAUGGGGCCUCAAGGCGAGCAGUGGUAUGGAAAUGGCUGAUGCUGACGAAGCUCGUCGAAUUUUCACGGGGCGGGAGAAAUCGGCGCCGCAUUACGGCGCUCGCGAAUUGCGCGAAAACUUGCGCCGCUAUGAUCGGACCGGCGUCUACACGCAAAGACAGAAGAACUUCGCGCUGGGGAAUCGUAGUCGGCAAUCCACGCGAGCUGGCGGCGCGCCGGAUGCGAAAUCGCGGAGUGCUGGUGCAGGCUCUAACGUAGACCGGCUGUUGAAUAACUACGCGAAAAUCGAUCCAGACAUGCAGCACUCGUUUCCGCUGCGCCAGGAGCUGAAGCGCGUCAUGCUGCGUGACCUGUACGGCGAUGAAGGCGAUGACGACGCGCGACCUUUGUUGAAGCAUUUGGUGUACAACCAUCCUCCCUCCAUGCCCCGAUUCAUGUGGUAUGCGAGCAGCGUUACUGGACCUGUGGCGGCGCCUCUGAAUCGUGUGACGCGAGAAAUCGUGGAUGAGUCUGGCCGCAGGGUAUUCAAGGGCAACAAAACAAUGAAGCUCCUAAUCGAUUCGAGUACACUAGGGUCGCCACUGCAACCCUCCGGCCCCGGCGUAGGUGGUAGCCCACAUGGAAAUGGAGUGCCUUUCGGUGGAAAUCAGGCAAGACCAAAAGCCGGCUCCGUUCCUGGUAAACUGGGCAAGCCUAAUUGGACGACAGGAGGAGGUGGGCGCGGUGCUGGACGAGAAGGCUCGGGUUUGACUCAGCCCUCCAUGAUGUCUGCUGGGGAAUCAAUGACUGCUGACGCGUCUGCUUCUUUUACAGGAGAUACUUCUAUGGAACAGUCCGAUUUUUCGCAAAGUGCCGCGACUCCUAUGACGCCAGGAACGCCCGCUGGGUUCGGGCGAGAAGCGGACGAGGGGGACACCGCCAUGGAUGAUGCAUCCGCUCAGACUGCAGGUUUAACACCAUCAGGAUCGCUCGGACAGGGUACCGAGAGGACACUUGGAGCUGUAUCGACACCCGCGGGAGGUAUGGACACACCCGGAGCGGUAUCGACACCCCCAGGGGGCCCAGCCUCUGCCGCUGGUAACCUAGAAGGAGGUCCGGCAGUAGAGUCCGGUCAAAAUUCUGCGGGACCCCGCGAGACCCCUGCCGACAGAACACGAGGCUCUGCUGGAGAUGCGAACUCGAACGGUGGGGCUCUCUUCUAUUCGAACCCUGACGAGAAAAUCAGCCACGUUGUGCCGCGUCGUCCUCGAUCCACAGCAUCCACUGAAAAACUUAAAAGACAUAACCGCGCAACCGCUUGUAUAAGUCGGAACCACCUCCAGUGGACCGACAGCACGUCCUCGGAAUCCGAACAGCAGCACCUUCAUUCCACUCCUACUUCGGAGGUCAAGGCAAGUUCCAACUCUUUGAAGACUUCUGAAACAGGAAACAUGGGAGGCGGACGCGGAUCACUCGGGACGUUGCCUUCUACAACGGGCAUUAAAAGCCGCUCUUCGCCGAGCAAGAGCAAGUCGAUUACCUCUAGUUGUAAUGCACGCGACGAUCACGAUGUGUUGAGUGUUGCGGCCGCCAAGCGACCAGAACGGCCACGCUUAGGUGCAUCCAGUCGCGAACAAAUGCGGACAAUAUCAGCACAAGCAGCCGCUGAUCAGCUUCUUGCUAAUGAUAAACAGCAACCUGCCGGUAUUGCCUCGACAGACAAGAAGAGUGUAAUAUUGCUCUUGCUUCCUCCUUCCUCGGGCAAGCCAUUCGUGACCGACAUUGUGAAGCGCCACGGCGCGGCGCCGCUCGUGACCUGUGCUGGAACCGACGUUGUGGGGCAGGUUGUAGAGCAUAUUUCGAGUAAAAUGCGAGAGUCCGGUAGCCACACUGUGCUACUUCAGGGCUUUCCGGCGACUGCGGAGCAGGCGCGAGCGCUUGACGAGGCUCUGGAAGACUCGCGAGCAAAACUUGGCGCUGUAACGCGAGUGUGGGAUCUCAUUGAUGCGGCGCAAGAACAGAUGGAAAAGCGAGUCUGCGGUCGUUGGCUGCACGCAUCUUCGGGCCGCACGUACCAUGCCAUCUACAGGCCGCCUCGGUCGUUUCCAGCCGGCGGAAGCGUGCACGACGCUAACCCAGAGAAUAUGCGGGACGACGUCACAGGAGAGCCACUGCAACAACGUGAGAAAGACAAGCCAGAAGCGGCCCGCGCGCUGCUUGCUUCGUAUCGAAAGACGGCUGCGGACAUAGUCAACUACUACCGUGAUAUCAACAAGCGUGGAACCAGAGAGGUACUGCUCGAAAGUGUGGAGGUGGCACAAGACUCGACUGCGCUUGUUAGGCAUGUUUCGAAAGAUGGAUAGAAUCAAAACAGCCAUUCUUGAUUGAAGGUUGCUCGUAGAAAAAUCGAGCACAAAAUACUGUACUAUCACAUGAACAUGAGAACUUCCUGCACAUGCACGACGAGGACAUAGAAUUCAAAUACAAUAAUUACUUAGAUUUAAAUCAACAUACAUAACAACAUAUCACUCAUCGUCAUCCCCAACAAGGUCGACGUCGAACUAACACAUCAUAAACGUAUGAAAUUUGUAACUUUCUUCAACAUCAUGAUGGAUUUUAUUGACGAAAUAUUGCACAGCUUACCAGAACCUGGAGGUGGAGGUACGUAUAUCAAAAAUACCUACGAACGCAACGCAACAUGGCUUUAUGAGACUGCAACAUAGUCUUCAUCUUUGUAGAAAUAGAAAAUUGGACAGCAACUAUUGAUUCAUUCAUCAAUUUGAGAAUAAGUAUUGGCUUUGCGCGCCGCGCACACACAGACAUGUUUUCGAAGAAAAAUAUGGAAAAUUCGAUUCGAAAUCACAAGUAUUUGAGUGAAAUUUAUUAUCGCAAACUAAUUCUGGCACGGAAGACGAACUUCAGAUAUAGAAGAUGCAUGGUAAAACUUCGUAAUAUCGACCUACACGGAAUAGAUGUCCAUAAAAAUUCGAUCCACUGCGUCCAUUACGCAAUGAAAAAACAGAUAAGUUUGAAACAGCAUACGCAUUCUAGCAUUGACUUGAGAAACUAUGAUAAUGAUAUGUCUUGUAAUUGAUCUUGAAAUCAAUCUCUAUUGUAUAGUAAGUUCCUUUCGGUUUUGGUAUCCGUGAGAACUGCAGGAGCAUUAAGCAGAAAGUAAAGUCCUAUCGUUAGGGCGGGACAGAAAAUUCGCUCUUCGCGCACCCGAUGAUAGGGAAUCUACAUCACGAUGGCAUGCUUCAGUCAGGAUUUGGAUUCUGAUAGAAAAAAUUUCGCGUAUUAGCUCGUAAAUUGAUGAUCAUAGCUCCGUCUCCGAGCUCACCAAUGGCAACCGCAGCGUUCAACAUUUACCUCGCCUACAACGAACUCCCGCCACUCGCUAACAAAGUGUCGCUGUCGCUUCGUUUUCAUGUACUCGGUCCUAGUUGAUUUAAGGAUAUAGUUGGAGAGAUUCGUGUAGUUGAGCAAAAUCGCCAGAUGACGGAUGCAAAACAGAAAAAAG